AGCGAGAGUUGGACCGCGAGCGCACGAAAAUGGAGCAGCAAGAAAAGAAGCUCAUUGCCGACAUUAAGAAGGCGGCCAAGGCAGGACAAAUGAACGCCUGCAAGGUCAUGGCAAAGGACCUAGUGCGCACGCGGCGGUACGUGCAAAAAUUCUACAAGAUGCGCACAUCGCUGCAGGGCGUGGCAUUGCGGAUACAGACAAUGAGCUCGAACCAGCAGAUGUCGACAGCGAUGCGCGGCGCGACCAAGGCUAUGAAGUCGAUGAACACAUCGAUGAACCUGCCUGGCAUGCAGAAGGUGCUGAUGGAGUUUGAGAAGGAGUCAGAGAUGAUGGACAUGAAGGAGGAUUUGAUGAACGACGCCAUUGAUGAUGCCAUGGAAGACGAUAUCGAGGACGAUGAGGAGGAAUCGGACCAGAUCGUCCAGCAGGUGCUCGAUGAGAUUGGUCUGCAGCUCAACGACUCGCUGGGUGCUGCCCCACAGACUGUUACCGAGCAGUCAGCAGUUGCUGAAGGCGCAGCUGAUGCGAUGGAUGAUGAUGCUGCGCUGCAAGCCCGGCUUGACAGCCUGCGCAAAGAGUAACGCUGUUUUCAUACCCCUCUCCUUUUCAAUUAUUUCUUACGUGGCCGCCUCUGCUCCUCAUAUGCAACAGCCAUGGGGGAUUUCGCUGUCACCACCCCUGCGAGAUACUAAUACCAUACUCAUAUAAACUUAAGUGCCAUGAUACAUGGGGAUGAGGUGCUUUCAUCCAUAUACUUGCAUAUACUACGAGACAUGAGGUUGUAUGAUUUGCAAUACCAAUACACCGUAUACUCUCUGCUACCGGAUGCUAGCGGCGUGCAGAAACUGCUCAUACCUCACUCACUGCUGGCUCGACAUGAGCAAGAGCCGGCCCAUCUUACAAACCGGCAGUUGCC